AAAAUCCAGCAACUGGUUUCCACUCUCUCUCUCUUUCUCUCUCCCUCUCUCUCUCUCUCUCCUCCUGCUGCUGCUGCUACUGCUUUACUCGUUGGAUUGAUCAUGCAAGCGGCUCAAGCUCAUCCUCCGCCUUCUACAACGUCUGCUGAGAUUCCUUCUCAGCUUGAUGAUAAAACCAUGAGUAGCUCAGAGGAGGCUUUAGGUCCUGCACCUGGUGGACAGCGCAGUAAUCUUUCCGUUCAGAUUCCUCCUAAGCAUUUUGGUAGCAGCUCUAGCGGUAAGGGUUUUCUCCAGUCGCAUGGUUCCAGCAAAGGUAGCUUGUCCUCUGGAGGAUUCUUGCGAGCUUUGAGUUUCAAGAAGAAGGUUCUCCCACCUGAUGGUGAGAAAAGCUGCCUCCUCAGUUCGGACCCUAAGGCGCCUCCUGAAAGUCCUUCAGUGUCCAAUUUCAUGUCGGGGUUGCGUUGGAAUAGAUGUACCUCUCUUCCCGUUACGCCUACAUCCAACCUGUCCCCUGCUGUCAUGACACCUGCUUCAGCAAGGAUGCCUGGUGAAAGGCAUAAAUCACACAAAAGUUCACUUCAUGCCACUGUAUCUAGGUCGCUGUCGGUACCAGGACGAAAUAUGGUGAUUGUGAGAUCCAUUUCUUUUGCUGCCCGCAAGCAACAUCCAGUGACAGAUUCUUCUGAUGAUCAAAUUACUCCUGCUCCUGAGGAAGAUGAUGAUGAAGAGAUUCCUGAAGAGGAAGCAGUGUGCAGGAUUUGUUUUGAAGAAUGUCAGGAAGGAAAUACAUUGAAGAUGGAGUGCAGUUGCAAAGGUGCCCUUAGACUUUUACAUGAAGAUUGUGCAAUUAAAUGGUUUAGCACAAAAGGAAACAAGAACUGUGACGUUUGUGGUCAAGAAGUGCGGAAUUUACCCGUGACCUUGCUUCGAGUAGCAACCUCAGCUCAGCUCGCUAGUGGACAAGAACAAAAUCAACAGAGCUUGCAUUCACAAACAGUGAGUGCCUGGCAGGAUUUUGUGGUGCUUGUUUUAAUAAGCACAAUAUGCUACUUCUUCUUCCUUGAGCAACUACUGAUCCAUGACUUCAGAUCUCAAGCAAUUAUCAUAGCAGCACCAUUCUCUUUUACAUUGGGCCUCUUGGCAUCCGUCUUUGCGAUCAUCCUAGCAAUUAAGGAGUACAUAUGGACUUACGCAGCUCUCGAGUUUGCUUUAGUGGCCAUCACUGUCCAUAUGUUUUAUUCUCUGCUUCAUCUGAAGGCAGUCUAUUCUAUACUGUUAGCGGCUGUUUUGGGUUUUGGGAUAGCCAUGAGCCUCAAUUCAUUAUACAUUCACAUCUACACUUGGAGACUUCAAGUUCCCCGGAACGCUAGCCCAGUGUGAAUCAAUUUGCACAGGAAUUCUCAGCCUGGCGUAGUUAUAUCUAUCAUGCCAAUAUGUGGAAAAAACUUAGAUGGUAGAGACGAAACCUGAUUCACUGAAGCUGUGGAAGGGCACGUGUCAGUGGGUAGUUGGUCAAGGUUCCUCACCCGCCUGCUUGCUGCAGUAAGAUGGGAGGUUUCGGCCAGAGUGGUUGCUGUCACCAUGGCCAUGACGAGUGUGUACAGACAACCAGAUUAUGACUUGUCACUAAUCGCUCGGUUUCCUCUUGCUUUCCUACCUUUAAGUAUGUCUGCAUGUGCAUUACCCAUGGCUCUUUCCCCUCUCGUCAUUGUUGAGGUUAUGUUGAGGUGAAGAGGUUAUAGUUUAGAUAGAACAAGCUAUUUUGUAGGAGCAUGUACCAUCUUCAAAGUGGGCCAUCGGGAAUACUUGAAGAAAAAGUACAAGAAUGUAAGGUGCGAUUAUACAUAGGCAGCCUUGAAGAGUUUUAUGAGUGCAAGUAUGACCAGCAUGACAAGUGUACAAUGUUCUGCCGGCAAAAAGUGGGUGUCAGCCUACCCAUCCCCUGUGUAAUUUCAUUGUAUCAUGUCUAGUGGGAAGAGCAAGAAAUUCUUAAGACUCGUUAUACCCGUUAUGCUUAUGGAAGAAUACUGGGGAUUGAUGAACGGAUGCUUACCUAGGUUAAACGCACAAAUCCUAAAGUAAGAAUACAUGGUCACAUGUAAUUUCUACUGUCGCCAGCGUGAUCUAACGAGUCAAAGGUGCAACUGAACUGAUCAUGUGAUAGAAUUUCCACCAUGUCAUCCAUUGUUGCCCUUUUAUA